GCACAAGCAGGCAGCCAGUCAGUGUACCCACAGAGGCCCUCCCAGGCGGACGGGCAGGCAGGCAGGCUGGCAGACAGCCAAGCGCCACGACGAGCCCAAGCGACGACCCGACCCUCGCCGAGCCGAGCCGAGCCGCGACCGUCCGCGGGACUUAGCGUGUUGUUGUGACCGCGCGUGCCGAGCGCGACGCGUGCCGCUGACGCGCACCUGCCGGGCCACCUGCCGGACUUACCUGCUGCCUCUCCAGUGGAUUCCCCUCACCGGCCGAGCGCCGCCCUGUGGAUUUUAACUCUGUGGAUUGCAGUGCUGUGCGGCGCCGAUGGUGCUUCCCCGUGCGACAUGCCGUGCGCCGGCGACCUCCUGAGGUCGGCGCGCUCGUCCCGCAAAAAGGAUUAAAGCAGUGCGUCGUCGUCUUGUGUGUUUGUGUGUGACAGUGAGUGGCCGGUGAUGACGGCGAACUGACUGACAGUGGUGAUGGUGACAUGUUGUGCGGAUUAACUCUAACGACACGUGGAUGACCACGACGGCGACGGAGACUCUGCCGGCGAGGAAGCCCAGCCCUUCCCCCCCGCCCCCGAGUCCCAGUGAUAGUGUGUCGCCCACAAGCACGACGUCUGCGAAAAUGAGGAUAAAGAUGCCCGCAGUGAGAAUCAGCCAAGCCUGAAGGCCCCCGAGGCCUCUGCCUCGCCCCGACCUUCGUCGCCCUGCUGAGGAUGAUGGAGCCCGCCGGCGAGGCCGCUGGCGGGGUCGUCGCCGAGGCCCGCGGCGAGGCCGUGGUGCCCGGGGGCCCGGGCCCCGGCCUGGGCCCGCUGGCCCCGCCUCUGGGUCCGCUGGGCCCUCUGUGUCCGCUGGGCCCGCUGGGCUCCCUCGGCUCGCUGGGGCCGCUCGGGGCCUCGCUGGCCGCGCUGGCCCCGAGACCCCCGUCGCCCAUCAGCCGCCGGGCCGCCGAGCCGCGCGUAAACUGCCGACUCAAAUCAGGUAUGGAGGGUGCCACGGAGGACGACGAACUCAAGACUUACUGCGACAAAAUCCAAAAGCUGGACGUGAGCUCAGAUAUGGACCGAGGAGAAGCCGACGCGUCCGAGGCGGCCGUGGCGCCCUCGCAGCCGGACAUCCUGACCUGUGGCGUCUGCCAGAAGCCCUUUGCCCUGGGCGACAUCAUGAAGUUCAUCCAGCACAAGGUGGCCUCCUGCAACAAGGAGAACUACCUGGCGGCCUUCGGCGAUAGCGACGCUGCCCGUCACCACGACGGCAGCGACAGCGACGACCAGAAGGAGGGCACCCUGCCGCUUGGCGUGGUCAACUCCAGGAGGCCGUCCAUCUCUGCCCCCAUCAGUAGCAAGAAGUCCCUGGUGCCGUCGUCGUCCUCGUCGGCGGUCCGGAUCCUCUGCACGCCCCCGUCGUCCCUCCUGGACUCGGACGACCCCCGGUGCUCGACGCCCAUCAAGCGGCGGGGCCGGUCCUCCUCCCCCAUCUUGCGGCCGUCCUCGUUGCCCGCCAUCAGUAACCACCUCGGCCUGCUCGGCGACGACGACGACGUGAGGCCGCCGAUGACGAGGAUCAACAUCGGCGAGUCCGGAUCGGCGGACUCCUCGCCGGACGAGGCGCGCCGGUCGAAACUCGCCAGGAUCGACGUGGCCGACGCCGAGUCCAACACCAUCAAUUCCGAGCCCAACAACUACGUGUGCAGCACGUGCAAGCAGCGCCUCCACUCCGCGUGGCGGCUCGUGCAGCACGUCCAGAACAGCCACGGCAUCAAGAUCUACGUCGAGACGGCGCCCUCGGCGGACGCCUCCAAGACGCACAAGGACAACCAGAACCGCUCCUCGUCGUCCAACUGCUCAUCGUCGUCGGCGUGCUCGAGCGGUAGCCUGCCGGGCCCCACGACGCCGCUGUCCGUGCCGCCGCCCAGCUCGCGGCUCCACCCCCACGGCGGGCCCCACCCGCCGCCGUCCUCGCCCCUGCUGGACCCCAUGCACCACCCGUUCCCCGUGGGAGGGCUGCUCAGGCACCCGUUCCCGCCCACCUCCAUGUCGUCCCCCCUGGGACUGGGGCCGCUGUUUCCCCGGCCUUCUAGUCACGACCACUUCCGCAUGGAGCAGCUCGUCUCGGAGCAGUUCCGGCUGAGCCAGCAGAGCCUGGGACUGGCCGCCGCCACGGCCAACACCAGCAUCGCACCCCCGCCUCCGGCCUCCCCUUUUGGUCCGACGUCGACGUCAGUGGCGCCCACUUCGACGCCGAGCAGGCCGGCCACCGGCGCGCCACCAGCUCCCCUCAAUCUGGAACCGCAGCUGGAUUUUUACUCACAGCGGCUGCGGCAACUAGCGGGCGCAACGAGUCCCGGGGCCGCCUCGGCCGCCAACGGGAACUCACCCUCCCCCUCGCCCCGGCAGGGGCUGCUCACUCCCCCUUUCUCGAGCAGCUCAACCCCCGGGGCCGCGCCCGCCGCCGCGACACCGCUCUCGCUCAACAACUCCAAGGACAGCAACAACUGCAACAGCACCUCCUCCAGUUCCUCUACCGCAGUCAACAACAAUAACAACCUCAGUGCUGUGAACAAUAACAAUAGUAACAACAACAACAACUCGAGUUUGCUGAACAACAACACCAGUGGAGAUAGCGAUAGCGAGACUCGGCCCCCGCGGCCGCAGUCGCUGACACCCCCCGAGAAACAAUCCCAACUUGCUGAGACCCCAAGCAACCCCGCGAUGGCCAUCACCAGCACCCCGCGGUCGGCGUCGACGCCCCCUCUUGCCGACAAGCCGACCGACUUCUCCCGCUCCGCCAAGUCCCUCUCCAACCUGGACGAUGACGGCGAGCGAAUCCACGGCUGCGAGUUCUGCGGCAAGAAGUUCCGAUUCCAGAGCAGCCUCAUCGCCCACAGGAGGGUGCACACCGGCGAGAAGCCGUACAAAUGUUCAGUCUGUGAUCACACCUGUGCCCAGCAGUCCAAGCUGAAGAGACACAUGAAGAUUCAUCGCCUCGGCCGAGACACCAACGGCAGCGAGCACUCGACCGACCAGCUCUCAAACGCGGGCUCGGUCGAGACGCUCGACGACGACGACGAAGACGACGACGAUGACGAGGACGAGGAUGAGGAGGAAGAGGAGGAGGAGGAAGAAGAGAUGGAGCUGGAAGACGAGGACGCGGACGACGACGACGACAUUGGUGGCGACGCCCCUGAAGACUUGACCACCAAGUCGAACUCGUCGACCCCUCCGAACAACAACAACACGAACGCUGGGUGCGAUAAGAAUGUCGGCUCUCCCAGGCCGACGCCUUCCUCAACCCCAUUGGACAAAGUGGCGACGGGCUCCUUGGUCGGGGAGCUCAUGGACAAGUUUGGCCUGAACCACAUUGCCCAGUACAGCGAAGCCUACAAGCAAGCGCUGCAAGAGUCUGUGAUCGGCGGCCACCCCCUCGGGAUGAAGGACGACCUCCUCCACCGGUCGCCCCUCAUCCUCGGGGACAACAACAACAUUGGCAAACUCUCCCGCAGCUCCGGUCUGGAGAACGGCCUGCUGGAGAAGUCUGCCGCCGCCCUGCGGUUCAGGGAAGAGUUCGCCAAGAACAUGCUGGCCGCUGGCCAGCCUCCCCUCGACCUCGUGGGCGGUCACCACGGCAUCUUCGGCCCUGGGGCGCCGUUCGACAACCCCUUCGACACGGCGAGCAAGAGGCUGAAGCUGGACCUCGAACACGGCAGCCCCUUGGGGCGGCCUGGUGACAGGGCAGACAGCCUGUACGCCGGCCUCUGGCUUCCCUCCUCCCACCACCUGUUCCCCGGUGCCGACGGCUCCAUGGACCUGCUCGGCUCCAGGGGGAAGUCCUGCGACCUGCUCAAGAGCAACGGGCCCAAGGCGGGGCCCAGUGCCUCCUCCCUGGCCGCGGCCGCGGCGGCCGCGCUCAACCUGGGCCUGCCCGUCGGCGCGUCCAUGCCGAAGAAGGACGGCAGGCGCAACGACACCUGCGAGUUCUGUGGCAAAGUGUUCAAAAACUGCAGCAACCUAACAGUGCAUCGGCGAUCUCACACCGGGGAGAAGCCCUACAAGUGUGAACUGUGUCCGUACGCGUGUGCGCAGAGCUCAAAACUCACGAGGCAUAUGAAGACGCACGGGCGUUUAGGGAAGGACGUCUAUCGGUGCAGAUUCUGUGAGAUGCCUUUCUCGGUUCCCUCGACGCUUGAGAAGCACAUGAGAAAGUGCGUGGUCAACCAGAACGCCAAUGGUGGCCACCACUUCCUUUCGAUGAGUGGGGAUGAGGACUCGAGUCUGUCGAACGCAAAGGACACGUCACAGUGGGACACAAGCAGCCAAAUUGAUGUCUAGCUAUGGCGCGAUUUGCGUGUCGGUUGAAUAUCAACCAGGACGUCAAUUUGUUUGUUGCCUUCUGUGUUUCGGGGCCAUUGUCUCUCGGGGACUCAGCCCCUUUAUAAGUCUGAACAAGUUACCGGGGAACGUGAUGCGUUGUUGUUGUUUCUUUUUUUGUGAUGUGUGAUCUAGAGCGACCGAGAGGAUUCGCCAAUUGCUGUAAAAUUUUUGCGCGAACCAAAGAAAAUAUGUUAUUUGAAGCUCACCCAGACACUGUCCCAGUGAGGAAGUUAGGCCAAAUGUACACAUUGGACCGAUCUCGAUUUUAUCACGCACCAUGACGUGGAAUCGAUAUCGAUUCAAUCUUUGUCAACCGGCCAUUUUUCACUGUGUUUGAAUCAAGUAAAUUGUUUCUAUGUGCGUGUUAGGGUAAGAAUGGGUCGAAUUUUGCCUUCCGGCCAGCUCGACAAAAGCUUGUACGUGUUGAGGCGCCAGGCCCAAGUUCCUAAGUGGCUUUGAGUCCACGUUUACCUCGUACUUUUAAGUGGUUUUAAUCGUGUUCCUCCUACUGUGCUUGGUGCAACAAGCAGUUUAGUGCCAAGUUGUUGAGCUCUCGACCACAGCGAUUCGUUCACUCGUGAGAGAGACCAAAUUAUGAAAAAGUGUAGUUAUAGUUAAAACAAGUUUAAAUGAAGUUAUGAGGUGCGGAUUUCCCCCAGUAUCCUCUCUGUGUUAAGUGAAUGAUGUUACACUUGUAACUUAUACCAAAGCCAAGAUUCAGAUAUCAAUCUUGUAUCUUACUAGGGUGAUAGAUUAAUUGAAAGGAUACAUCUCUGUGUUUUAUCAAUGAAAAUAAGUGCUCGGAAGACCUAUUCAAAGUUGUUAAAUUUGUUUUCUUUUAACUGUGUCUCACUGUUGUCAAACUGGUUUUGCAAGCGUUGUUUUGCUAUGCCUAUCUUUGGUUUGUUCGCUAUUGUAUUGUUUAUUGUUCAUUUCUGCACAUUAAAGCCCACUGUUUUGUUUGUUAAGACUGAACUGGUCCAGGAGUGUAAAUUCCAGCUCCAAAAACGUAAACUGUGUGAUUUUUACUAACACGUUUUUGCCAAAAAUUAACUUAGUUUUUGUCGCUGUUUUUUUAAAAAUUUGUUUCACUAACACUCUUGUAUGUAAAUAUGUUGAAAUAUUUUACUCUCCAGACUUGUUCAUGUUUUCGUUAGUUAUAUAUUCUUCUUAUUGAAAUUAAGUUUGGCAUAUCCUAUGAUUUGAAGGCUAGUUCAGAUUCAAAGUGUCACCAGUUAUGAGUGACACAUUGUUCCUAUUUAAUAUUAUUUAAUUUAAGAAAGCUUGGCAUGCUUGAUUCCUCUACCUUUGCCAAGUCACUGGUUAAAAAUUUGCUCAACCCAGAGCUACUAAAUGAAAUUUUUGUUUUGGUUUUAACUAUACAUCCCAAUAGUUGAACGAUAUCAUAUCGAACAUUCCGCUAGUAUGCAUUUUAAGCCUGUCCUUCUACCUUUUUUAUUAAGAAGGGCACAUUUGUCACCGUACAAUUCCAUUCAAAGACUGCUGUUGUAGUUGUAGUGGUUGUGAUUGACCUGUUCCGUUCUGCUCUGAGGCGCGCAUGGAUACUCAGUACCGGUGACGGGGCGUAAGCUUCAGGAAAAGUUUAUAGAGAUGAUUGUUUAGGGAUCAAGUUGUUUUUGUUUUGUUUUAUUUGUUUAUGUAUAAAGAGUGUAUAUGAAUGUAUAUGUGUACAUAAAAUUCAUUUUAUAAAAAUAGGAGCGGCAGACCUGUACUUUUAAUAUGGCCACUCACUGCUCGCAAAUAAUUGUGGCAUUAAUGUGGCAUUGGUCAUAGAAUAUAUUUCAAAAAUAAAGUUUACUAUCUUGUCUUCAA